UACAUACAAUCACAAAUACUAUUUUACAACUUUGUGAUCUGCUGAUGAUGAAAGUUGGACUUUUGGUGGAUUAUGUGGAGGUGUCUGCACGAGUUCCAGGUUAACAUCUUCUUUUUCGGACGUUGAAAUCCUUCAUAGCACGCUUUUGGGAAUUUAAUCUGAACUUUGUGAGAAGAUGGAUAACAAGGAGGAAUCAAAGAGUUGUUCUGUCAGUGUCCUGACCUGGGAGCAGGUGAACCGGCUGAAUGAAGUUCUGACGGAGGUUGUCCCUGUUCAUGGACGGGGAAACUUCCCUACCUUAGAGGUACGUCUAAAAGACAUUGUGGCGCGGGUGCGCGCCCGCCUGGAGCUGCGUGGUAUCAGAGUAAAGGACAUCCGUCUCAAUGGGUCCACAGCUAGCCACGUGCUGGUGCAGGAUAUUGGCUGGAGCUACAAGGAUCUGGACGUCAUCUUCAGGGUGGACCUGCCUCACGAGGGAGAGUUCAGGCUCAUUAAGGAUGUGGUGCUGGGUACCCUGCUGGACUUCCUGCCUGAAGGUGUAAACAAAGAGAAAAUUACACCCAUGACUCUCAAAGAGGCUUAUGUCCAGAAGCUGGUGAAGGUCAACACGGAGCAGGACCGCUGGAGCCUCAUCUCCCUCUCCAACAAUAACGGCCGCAAUGUGGAGCUGAAGUUUGUGGACUCAAUACGCCGGCAGUUUGAGUUCAGUGUGGACUCCUUUCAGAUUGUGCUGGACUCGAUGCUUGCCUACUACGAGCAUGCACAGACACCCAUGUCACAGGCCUUUCACCCUACUGUGAGUGGGGAGAGUGUGUAUGGGGACUUCAGCAUGGCACUGAGCCACCUGCAUAACAAGCUCAUCGCCACCAAGCGGCCAGAGGAGAUCCGAGGUGGCGGUCUGCUGAAAUACUGCAAUCUGCUGGUGCGGGACUUUCGGCCGGCCAGUGAGGAGGAGUUCAAGGGCCUGGAGCGGUACAUGUGUUCACGCUUCUUCAUUGACUUCCCUGACAUCGGUGAGCAGCAGCGCAAGGUGGAGGCCUACCUCCAGAGCCACUUUAUAGGCGAGGAGAAGAGCAAGUACGACUACCUCAUGAUCCUGCGGCGAGUGGUCAACGAGAGCACGGUGUGCCUUAUGGGCCAUGAGCGGCGGCAGACCCUCCACCUCAUCUCGCUAAUGGCCUUCCGAGUGCUUGCGGAGCAGAACGCUAUCCCUGAUGCGUCCUGCGUCACCUGCUACUAUCAGCCGGCGCCUUAUGUCCGAGACCACAACUUCAGCAACUACUAUGUGUCUAACCAGAACAUUCCAACAUGGCUGCCGUGUAACUGACAAAACGCGUAGAAGGAUGUACAAGAGGACAACGCCUCCGCUGCUGCUGCUGCUUUUGAGAAGAGAGAAGGAAUAAAAACACCUCCCCAAAAAAAUUAAAGGAAAAAAAAUAAUUGUUGAGGCAAUAAAUGCUAUGUUCUUCUCAAGGCACAUUUAUAUUUAA